AAAAACAAGUGUCUGACAGCACAGAGGGAGGGAGAGCGGGCUGAGAGCGCGUGGCGAGGCGGAGGAGAGUGUGGCGGCAUUAAGCAGCUCGGAGAUCUCCGGAUGCUGACAGACGACAGCUGCUGAUGGGAAGAGGGAGACAAGACUGUCACACAGAGGAGGGCAGCAGGUACACUGUCCACGCUCAUCGUCACGGCGAUUGGGAUGGGAGGACGGCGCCGCCUCCGCAGCUACACAUAGACGGCAAGUUACCAGCGCACACCUGCAAGCAUCACAGUUUAUCUUCAGAGUCGGUCAAGGUUUCCAUAAUUCAGGUCACAGAAAAUGGGAGCUCAGUGUAUCCCGAAGGCAAGAACUGUGUGAUUUUUCUGCACUCUGAAACGGCUGUGAAGCUCCAUGAGACAACACGAGUGCCGAAGCCAAGCAUCACAACCUCUAAGUGCACACUCAAUGUGAUUUUGACCUGCUGGAACGGGCAGCUUCGAUUACCAGAUGGAGUGUUCUGUAUUUACUGUGUGUCCAAGUGAUUGUACUUUGCUUUUGUUCAGAACUCUGCACUUACAACUGGAACAGAUGGGCAACACAAUAUUAACUUAGGAAAGAAAAUGGAAUGCCCACUAAGAAUCCUGCAAAUCAGUGUGUAUAGAUAGUGGUUACCCUUGAGAGCAAUUGCUGCAUACCCCGUUUUUCUGUAGCAAAGAGGAAAAGAAUGAUACAGGUGUUCUUGACAUGAGAAUUCAGUGACCCAGGAGAAUCAAGGACGUAUGGACUUUGAGACACUUUCUUUCUUGGGUGACAGUAACAACAACAACAAAAAAGUUACAUCCACUCGUUCUCACCCUCAAUGCUCCUCGACAUCUGACACCAAAACAUGGGCAGAGAUAUGACAAAGUUUGAAGAGCGAGAUAGUCCACUCAGGGUGAGUGGGUCAAACAAACGCAGGACUUUUGUCCAGGAGGCCACUGUUCAUUUCUGGUGUUAGAUGUUAACAUGUCAAGAGAUAGUCACGUGAGUUGUUUGUAUUGUUAGUCAAAUAUGGUAUUCACGAGCAUCGUAAAGUUAACAGCAACCACAUUUAUGUUGCCUAAACCUAAAUUGUUGUGUUGUUGAUCAGUCAAGUUAAUGUCAGCCAUACUCCUUUCCUAAUUUUAACUGAGUGGUUUUGUUGUCCAAACCAAUCUUUCUGUGAAGACGGAAGUUUAUUUUGAAAAGACACUACAUAAGGAAUCUCUCAUUUCUCAGGAAACACAAACUACUACAGAAUUUGCUUUUUUUGUAAUCACAAAGAUUAAUUAGUUAGUAUUUUAAAAACUACGGCUCCUGUGAAGUCUUUCCAGAUUAUCAGCAUGUUCAGACGUUCUUUCGAUAUCUACGCCAUUCGGUACUCCCUGUCCACCCUCAUAUUUGCAGCCAAUUGAUUGAUUUGGGCUUGUGGGGAAGAGUGCUCCUUGAAAGGUUGCUAAAUAGAAUUGUUUAAUAAAUAUUGAUAUAUAACCAUUGUGCAUACCACCAACUGUGUGGGGCUGGCUUGUUGGUAAUCUGUGGAAUUACAAAUUCCAAGAAGCCCAAAUUUUGACUUCACAUCUCAUUAUAGCUCCAUCGAAUAGCAUCAUUCCAACUAAAAGUCAGCAUACCCAGCAAAAGUGACUAUGAAUUUCAAUGGAAGCCAGGACUAUGGGUCAUAUCCAACUCGGCUACCCUUUAACACAAGCAUCGACUAUGAGGACUACUACCAGGAGCCUGAUGCCAGUAAAAUCAUCAUCCCAUCCAUCUAUGCUCUUGUCUGCUGUGUAGGUCUUACUGGCAACGCCAUGGUCAUCUACGUCAUUCUGAAAUACGCCAAAAUGAAAACAGCCACGAACAUUUACAUCCUCAACUUGGCGAUUGCUGACGAGUUGUUCAUGUUAAGUGUUCCCUUUCUGGCCAUAUCAGCUGCCGUCCGUCAUUGGCCCUUCGGGUCGCUGAUGUGUAGGUUGGUGCUCAGUGUAGAUGGUAUUAAUAUGUUUACAUCAAUCUUCUGCCUGACUGUGCUGAGUGUGGACCGAUACGUAGCAGUUGUCCACCCUAUCAAGGCUGCCCGCUACCGCAGACCGACUGUCGCCAAAGUAGUCAAUGUGUGUGUAUGGGGGCUGUCACUCAUAGUCAUCCUGCCCAUCAUCAUCUUCGCAGACACUGUCCCAGCACAGGAUGGUGGUGUAGAUUGUAACUUCUUGUGGCCUGAAUCGGCGUGGUCAGAAGCAUUUGUGGUGUAUACCUUCCUGUUGGGGUUUCUGCUGCCGGUUGGAGCCAUCUGCUUAUGCUACUGUUUAAUGGUGGCCAGGAUGCGAGCGGUGGGGCUGAAAGCAGGCUGGCUUCAACGGCGGCGCUCAGAGAAGAAGAUCACCCGCAUGGUGCUGCUAGUCGUGGCCGUGUUUGUUCUCUGCUGGAUGCCCUUCUACAUUGUCCAGCUUGUAAGCGUUUUCCACCGGCCCCCAGACCCUAUGGUCACUCAGCUUUUUGUCAUCCUCAGCUACGCCAACAGCGGCGCCAAUCCUAUCCUGUACGGCUUUGUGUCAGACAAUUUCCGUCGUUCAUUCCAGCGCAUUGUGUGUUUCCGGUGGAUGGAGUCUGGGCUGGAUGCGGAACAGGUGGAUUACUGUGCUGUAGCUUUGAAGAGACAAGCGGCGUGUAGCCCUCUGGAUUUUCCCAAGGACUGUAUGGCUUCUGAUAUGGUGUUUCGCAAUGGGACAUAUACCUCCCGUACAACCACAGUGUAACCAGGACCAGGGUUUAAGUAGCCACAACCUAUAAAGGUGGUUCCCCCCUUCGCGUUACACUUCGGAGAUUGAUAUUUAAUUUUAAUUUAUAUGUAUGUGAUAUAAAAAAUGUACAACAUGUUAACUACUUAAUGUCAGGAGACAUACGGAUUUUAGGACAUAGGUAAAGAAGUUGUGAAACCUUGACCAACUAAUGGAUGAGCAGAACAUGUACAGUUCAGCAGCUGUUCUGGCUGGCUGCUACGUUGAGAGGAAAAAUUGACUGAAUAAAAAAUAUGUACAUAAUUGUCAGAAACCCACCACUCAUUUUCAGUUUUUUUAUGUUAAAGCACAAGUGAAUGUAAGCACAACAUGAAAACCCUUUGUUCAUUUUGUUGUAAUUGUAAUUGUUUAUUUUCAGAUACACUCUAAUAAACCACCCCAAUGGCACACCCACAAUACCCAAAUUAUGCAGUUCACAGAUGUGUUUCAACAAUUUACAUUUAUUUUGGUCUGUAAGUAGUUACAUAAAAUAUAAGACAAAAUAACUAUUCCAAAUUAAAAUAAAGUAUGUGCUGCUCAUUAAUUUUUGUUUGUCUUUUUGACAAGAUACAGUUUUUAUUCACAAGUUAAUUCCAAUUAUUUCCACUUUUGCAGAUUUGUUUUUAAAUCACUGUUAUCACAUUCAAUGCAACGUAACACUGCUGAUCAAAUUAAAAGCCUGCACAAUUAAAGCCAGCAUGCUAUUCUGAUCAUACAUUUUCACUUAUAGAAUUAUAUAAUAAGUUAUAUUGGGUUUCUCCUAUUUUAAACAAUAUUGUGAUACUUUCAGAAUAAGAAUUAUGUUUUAAUGUAUACAACAUUUAUGGCAAUGUUUUGUGCCAAUUAAAAAAUACAAAUAUUUGAAUUCAAGAGCCUUUAUUUGAAUAAAAAGUGAUUUUGUUUAGAAUUCAUAAAUACACCAAAAUGUAAUAAAUGCACCCUUUCAAUUUACACAAUUUAUCAUGAGCUUACUUAAUGAUUAUACAUUCAGUUGUAGUCAAAAUCACCAAACCAAAGGUUUUCAUUUUAUUUCCACAUUAUCCAUUAGUUGUUUAACAUUAUUAGCAGGACAAAACACAUGUUUAUCAUCUUCAAAUGAAAUAAUCGUUUCUGUCUGUUCAGGAAACCACCCAUAAUCAGUUCUGUCAAAAUACAUAAUGAUGGACAAAACACAAGCUGUGAUAGAAUUUGGGUGCAAUUGGGUAUUAUAUAGAAUCAGGAUCUCAAACUAAAUACCUUAUUAAUUCACUUUCAUCAUUGCAAUUUCCAUAGGAUGGCCAUUUUACUGAACCAACAGUUUAAAUGUCACCACAUGUUCAAAUCUCUCUAUCAAACUUUAAAUGUAAUUGAUUUAGUCUCUCUGGUAUGUAGUUUUGUUCAACACAAAGUUCAAUAUAAAACUGUUCAAUUAUUUCUGGUUAAAUACAACCAAGCUUAAUGUAAUAGUGUGCUAGAGUUAGUCUUAUGAUUCAAUAGUAUAAAAAGAACACAUAGGCCUGGGGUGAUGUACUGGUUGGAUCUGGAUAUCUCGAGAUAAGUGAAAGGUUAAAUUAUUAAUAUGUGUCACUUUCUCCCGGAUUUUUAAAUACUGUUAGAUUUGUUCUUUGUACGUUUCUGUAUUUGCUGUAUCUAAAUUUGUUAAUUGUUCAUUGGUAGAUCCGUUUGAAUUUAAUUUGAGGUUUGUCUUUGCAAACGUUGAGCCAGAGUUGUUUUGCUUGUGGAUGUGAAAGAAAUGGCUGAAAAAUAUGUAGUAAAGUAUAUGUUGAGUUCAUGCUUCUAAAUUACAACGGCUCAC